GCAGGAUCAGAAGGCGCAGCAAAAGUCCCGCGUCGACCGUCAGACGCACGGGCCGGGGGCGCCGGCCGGGGCUGGUGCAGCCCCCAGGGCACACCGGAAGUGGAACGGCAUCGUCGGGGACCUCGCCUCCGGGGCGGCGCACAUGUCCUUCGCCGCGCUCAGCGUGUCCAGCGCGCGGUCCGAGGUCAUGGACUUCUCGGUGCCCUUCUUUUACUCGGGCGUGUCGUUCCUGGCUGCGCCCCAGCAGAAGAGCGAGAUUCCGUUGCACGCGUUCCUGCUGCCUUUCUCUCCCGAGCUGUGGAUCGCCAUCUUCCUCUCGCUCAACCUGACCGCCAUCGCCGUGGCCGUGUACGAGUGGCUCAGUCCCUUCGGCCUCAACCCUUGGGGGCGGCAGCGUUCGAAAAACUUCAGUAUCGCGUCCGCACUCUGGGUGAUGUGGGGCUUGCUGUGCGGCCACCUGGUGGCGUUCAAGGCCCCCAAAUCGUGGCCCAACAAGUUUCUCAUCAACGUGUGGGGCGGCUUCUCCGUGCUCUUCGUGGCGUCGUAUACGGCCAACAUCGCCGCGCUCAUCGCCGGCCUCUUCUUCCACAACGCCGUGUCCAACUACCACGACCGAAGCCUUCUGAGCCAGAGGGUUGGAGCGCCCCGGCACUCCGCGGCAGACUACUACGUUCACAGGGCCAACCCACACCUCUGGGAGCACAUGCAGCGCUUUAGCGUGGCCACGGUGGAGGAGGGCGUGCACCGGCUGAGGAACGGCUCUCUUGACAUCCUGAUUGCGGACACGCCAAUCCUGGACUACUACCGCGCCACGGACCACGGCUGCAAACUGCAGAAGAUCGGCGACGCCAUCAACGAGGACACGUACGCCGUGGGGAUGACCAAGGGCUUCCCGCUCAAAGACAGCAUAUCAGCCGUCAUCGCAAAGUACACCAGCAACGGGUACAUGGACAUACUGCAGGAAAAGUGGUACGGUGGGUUGCCCUGCUUCAAACUGGCCAACGACAUGGUGCAGCCGCGGCCCCUGGGCGUGGCAGCGGUGGCGGGGGUCUUCAUCCUGCUGGGGCUGGGCAUGGCCGUCGGUAUCCUCAUUCUGGUGGUCGAGCACCUCUUCUACCGCUACACGCUGCCUCUGUUGCGGCACAAGCCCAAGGGCACAAUCUGGAAAAGCCGAAACAUCAUGUUCUUUAGCCAAAAGCUGUACCGGUUCAUCAACUGCGUGGAGCUGGUGUCGCCGCACCACGCGGCGCGCGAGCUGGUGCACACUCUGCGCCAGGGGCAGAUCACCAGCCUGUUCCAGAAGAGCGUGAAGAGGGAACACGAGCAGCGCAGGAGAAGGAAGAGCAAGGCGCAGUUCUUCGAGAUGAUCCAGGAGAUCCGGAGGGUGCAGCAAGAGGAGCGCGCCGAGGUGUCGGCGCUGCCCGGCGAGGACGGCGCCGACACCCUCCACGACCCGGGGGACGGGGCGGGGUCGCUGCGUCCGGACGGGCAGCGGCGACGAUCCAAGAGCCCCUGCACCAGCCGCCUGGACAUCGCGCGCCGCCUGUCCCGGGAGCUGUUCUCGCGCUCACCCAAGGGCGAGGAGUCGGGGUCGCGAUCCUCGCUCAGCGUGCGCCGCUUUUCCUCCGAGGCGGCGCUCAGUCCCCGGAUGCUCGGCGCCGCUGUGGGGCGGCGGCUGUCGAAAGGCAGCACAUCUCCGCCGGACAUCAACACCAGGAGAGCGUCGCACCUCGACCCGGGCGGCGGCAAGUUCAACCCCAUCGCCGCGAGCUGCGCGGCCCAGUCCCGGUCGACGGGCCGCCUCUUCCACGGGCGGAACGGCGGAAACGGGGCGUCGGCGGCGGGUGGGCUCGCGGGCGGCAGCGGGGCCGCGGGAGCGGCGGGGACCUCGGCGGAGCUGGGCACCGUGCCCAGCGUCGUCACCACGCCCGAGGCCAUCAACAACCCGGACACGCUGCUCGAGGAGACGGAGGAGGACGAGGAGUGCAAGGCGGCGCUGGACGCGGCCGCCGCGGCGGCGGUGGCGAGCAGGCGGCACUCCAGCAAGGGCAGCGGCGGCGCCGGCCGCGCGGCCCGCCAGGCGGCGACCUCCACAGCGGCCGGUACAGCCACGCUGCGCCGCCUGUCGCGCGACGAGCUCAUGCAGCUCUCGCGAUGCUCUGAGACCGAACUCCGCGACCACCUGCUGCGCGCCAUCCGGGAGAAGGACCGCGAUGAUCCGCCCUGAGUGGCGGAGGCCGUCUGCCCAGGGUCAUCCGGAACGAAGUCAUGAGGAGACCAACCGCGAUGGGUGUGUCUCAACAGGGCGAAGACCCGCCCUUUCUUGGAGUGCAUCCGCCGCUGGGGUGGAAAGGCAGGCCGCAGCUACACCUGGGCCUGCCGCGGGGCCGCCUGUGAGGUGGCGCUUGACGCCUCCGGUUGGGAAGUAAGGAUAGGAAGGUUUGGGUGUUGGUAGGAGAGGUAAGUUACGACUGUUGAAUUUCGUGAUGUCCCCCUUUUUUGUUUUGUAAGAAAAGAGAGAGAGAUAGCCCCGUUUCAUAAUUUUCCUGUUUUGCUGCAGUUACUGCCAUGCCAUCCUUGAACUGUUUUUAUUGAUAUUGUUGUCCUAACUUGUUAUCAUGUUUGUUACUAGUUGUUGUAGUUGGUAAGUAAGAUUUUAUUACUUCGUCAAUUUAGCAGAAAACGGAUAAUGUUGUUGUUGAGAAGCGUGUUUAGUUUUCUAACACCGAGUAGACAAAAUAUCUUUACCUUUGACAUGAAGUGAGAAGCAUACUGUUGUAAUUCUGGCACUGCCUAAUCAUGAUGCUUUUUUCUUGAAAAAAAGCACGAAAGCUGAAAGGGCCUCAUCUGAAAUAGUUAAGCAAAAGCUACAUUUCAAGUUCACGUCGCAUAACUGUUGACCAGAAUAAAUGCGCGUCUGAAAUAGGUAUUCAUAAUAAGUGUUCCACGAAGCUCUGAUAUGUUCAUUUAUUAGUAAUGUUUGUGUAUGCUGGAAGUUGUUGCUCACUGCAUUUUAUAUCAUAAACUAUGGAGAAGUGA